UCUUUCCCCCUUUAAAUACAACAAAUCCGUUGAAGAAUUUUAUAAAAUAAAUCGUUCCAAACAAAGCAUAAAGAAAAUUGUACAGUUUAUUCAAAUCACAAACCACCAAUCGAUCCUUACAAUCUCAUCUGUUUCAAGACUACAGUGAAUCAAAUCAGUUCCGAAAAAAUGGCAAUGCAUGCUAGCCGUUUGACUCAAGACCAGAAUCUCAAUGUACACUUUGAUGGGGUCAAGAUCAAUGGGUCUAUUGCUCAAAAGAACAAAGGGGGUCUUGGAGGAAGGAAAGCGUUAAACGACAUAUCGAACUCUGGGAAGCCAUCGGCACUCCAGCCGUCGAAGAAACACAACACUAAGAACGUGAUUCCGAUAGGGGAAGAUAGCAUUGUGACCAAGAAGGCUCCUGUUAGUGGCCGAAAAGCACUUGGUGACCUUACUAAUUCGGCUAUACCGUCUUCUCAGAAAAACGGUUUGAAAAAAAUGAGUCAAAGAAAGAAAGCAAUAGCUUUUGUUGAUGAUGAAAAGUUUCCGUACUCUAUUGCUGAAGAGGGUUUCAUUCACAAUCAUGAUGAAUGUAUCAAAGCACAAAAGAAAUCAAUGGGACUGAAUGAGUUCUUAAGUACCAUUGGGUUAGAUGAAGCAGAUGCUUGUUUUCAAUCUGUGUCGGCAUGCAACAAUCCACCGAAAAAAGUAAAGGAUGAAAGUGCUUUGAUGAUCUUUGAGAUGGAGGAGAUGCUCGAGCCGAUAUUUGAAGAUCGCGUUCAUGGUGGGAUGAUGUCCCCGAUCUGUGGAAGCCCGGGUUCUCCAAAGCUGUCAUACCUGAACGAUUAUGACGAUUUUCCGAGUUUUGUGUUGACCGCGUCACCGUAAAGGUCAAAGUAGUGUGAUUCUGUCGUUCCCUGUUUUUGCAAAAUCUAUGUCCUAGUAGUGGUUGUUCUUAAAGUUGAAUGGAUAGUCAAACUAUUGACUGUUGUAGUUAAAAGAUAAAGAACCUUGUUUUGUUGAUGAUGUUGGGUAGACUAAUUCAGUCAAAUCUUUAGUUUUUGCCAAA